CAAGAGGAAUAUAGAUAUAUAUGAAGAAACGAGAUUAAACCAUCACAGUGGCAUGUGAAGGGAAAACAACAUUAGCUAGAAGGGAUAGCGUGAACCAAACCGACGGUGGCUCGUGGCUGUUCCUUUUAAAUUAGUUCAAACGGUUCGUCCAACUCGCGCCUUUCACUCGGUCAAACGGUUUUGCUAACACGUGUUUUAAAGUGAAUUUUGUCUGUGUGGAUGGGGCAUUUGUUGGCCAACGCCGUUGAUAAACGGUUCAAUGGAAUACCAGCUCUGCUGACUUUUGUGGGCGGCACUCAAGCUAUCCACCAACGCUUUGCUCGCUUUGUGUGAACGGUCGGCGUCACUCGGCAAACAUUGAAACAUCAUCUACAAUGAUCAAACCUGGGGUGCUCAGACGUCCUCAUUUUGAGCCCUUUGUCCUCCAUCCUCCUCAGCCUUAAGGAGGAAGGGCAUUUGUCUUCCUUUCUUGGGAGGAGAGAAAUAAUUAGGAGGUGAAAAACGAUAAUGACGAAACUGAGGCUAAGAUCACAUUUCAACGGAGAAAUAAGCUUGUUUUCGCUCGCUAGUCUCCAGAGGCUGUGUUGGAAAUGUAAGAAAUAAUCCUCCAGGCAUUCAAGCUGAAUGAAAGGAUGGAAAGAAGAAGACAGGAGACCUGCCACUCCCUCAUUUCUGUCACUGCUGAAUGGGGAUUAUCGAAUCCGCCAUCAUCAAACUAACCGGCGACGUGAAAUCAGAUGUGAGAGCUGCCGCGAACAACAGAGGUAAUAGCGCGACACAAAGGACCAUCAGUCUCGUGGGAAACGAGAAAAAGAAGAUCAGUCAUCACACUUUCACCAGACAAUGGCUCCUUCCAUCAGACGUUUUAGCCAAUGACAAGGAGUGGAAAGCUGUUAGGUUAAACCCAGUGUCUCUCAGAAGUCUGAUCAGAAUAAGACAGGAAGCCCUGUGUUCGUGUCGUGACCGCAUCAUCGAGCCCACCUUCAGAUGAGGUCCUUCAAAGGUAGGCGCAGAUUAAAUUGAAACGUUGUAAGGAUAUUCUUCAGUGACUUAUUUGUGCCUUUUAUACAGUAACUGUGGCAGAACUAUAUAGAACUUUUGCAAGUUAUUAAUAUCAUAAAUUUUUAAAACCCAAAAGUUUAGUGAUUUGAAAAAUGGUCUUUUAUGUUCAAAAUACUAGUGAACUUUCCAUUAUUUGUCUUGAUAAAUAUUUAAAUUAAUGAAUAACAACUAUUCCUUAUGUAAGGUGCUUGUCUGAAAUUGAAGUUAUUUGAGUCAACUCUUUUUUUUCAUCUUAAAAAAGAUUAUUCGAAUGUUAUAAAUUUUUAGGAUGUUCGGUUGCCAAGAUGAGUUCUUCCGAAUUAGUUUAAUGUGUCUAUAUGCUAAACAUCUGUAUUGUUACCUUUCUUUUCUACUUUAAUUGAGAUCCUCGGUUAUCAUUUUCGUUGUCAGUAGCUGUGUAUAUUAGCCUUGUAUCCGUCAUGCCAAGUUAGAAUUUUCUAAUUGAAGAAACGAAAAAAGAGAGAAGCUACCUAUUAUUUCUUAUAGAAAAGUUCAUAUAAACAUGAUGGCUGCAAUAGUGGAUUGGAAACGCCAAGUUUUAGGAAACUUAUUUCGAAAGAUUUAUAAUGCCGCCUAAUUUUGAACUUCGGUUACUAUGCCAAAGGUUAUCAUAAUUAUCAAAUGAAUUCUUACAUAAGAAUGAGAAGAAGAAGAAGAAGAAGAAGAAGAAGAAGAGAGAGAGAGAGAGAGAGAGAGAGAGAGAGAGAGAGAGAGAGAGAGAGAGAGAGAGAGAGAGAGAGAGAGAGAAACAAGGAUAGGUAAAAGAGAGACGCUCUCGUGUAAUCAGCUUUACGAAGUUGCAAGAGAAAUCAACAAAUCAGCAGGGAGUAAUUUCAGUGGCCAGCAAACAUCUAAUUUUACCGACUGGAUCCUUAAUUACACAUGAAGUCAGGGACUCCGUAUGUAGUACGGCUAUUCACAAGCGACCCCUGAUUAUGAGCAGCAGACCUACAAUGUAACCAAAGCGUAAUUACCCAUUACUUUCCGAGUCUACUUCCGAAAACAUUUCGUGUAAUUACGCUUUCGUCUUUUGAGCAGGAUCCAGUUUUUUUUCCGCGUGUAUAGACAACUGUAAGACUUUGACUCUAAGACUCGGAAAGAAGCCUAAGUUAAUUACUGAUGUCUCCACAGUCAUAGAAAUUAUGUCGGUUUAGCAGCCUUACUGAAAAGAAACCUGAUCUGUAAACCUUAUGGCUGCACCAUUAUUCAAAGAGGAAGGCUUAACUGUCACAAAAUUAUUGGAAGUUAUUUAAAUAUGUCACCAUUUUUGACGAGACAUUUGCGUUAGUAGAUGUAUAAAACAUUCAUUUAUCAUUAUAAUUGCUUUUUUUUCUAACGCAAAGAUUACACUUUGCUGUUAAUUGCCCUGUUUUGCUCUUUUCUCUGUGUCAGAUGCUAAAAGAAAGGGCACUAAUACAUUUUCGAAUUACAUCAAACCUAAUGUUAUUUUUCAGCGAUAACAGCUAUUCACAACGGAUUAAUUUGCUCUGAAAGAGAAGAGAAUACCUUUUCAUCGCUAUUCCCAAAAUGAAAUAACAACUUUAUUAUGAAUGCAGGGCGUUGAAUGGAAUUAGAUAUUAAUUAGAGCUUUGUCUACGUGCUGUAAUCUCUUAUUUUUCAUCUUUUGUGGUCGACGUCCUGGAAGACUGAUUGUGUGACAGUCUGUGUGUGUGUGUGUGUGUGCACGCGCGCAUGUGUGUGUCUCUACCUACGUAUUUGCGUGUUGGACUGUGCGACAUAGGAAUCUGUAGAAACGCCAACAUAUUGUUGUGUAUUUUUUCUUGCGUGUUUGCAUGCAUUAACUGUAACCAUAAAUAUAUCCGAACAAGAGAUUUCAUUCGUUUUUCUUUUUUGUUUGUUUCCAUAAGUCAAAUUAUUCCACAGUUAUUCCAUAAUAACAACCAAUAUCCAGGGAUCUCCUCAAUAUU